CACCAAACAAUACAAAGCAUCCAUCCACUGCAAAAGCAUGCUAAAACCCACACCCCAGACAACACCAACCUGAUCAUCGUCGUCAAUCACCAAUGGCGAAAUCGCUCUCUCUAAUCCGCUCCAGACUCAUGGCCUCCUCCUUAACGCGAAUACUCUCUCUGUCACUACCCAAACCUCGCAACAAACCCUUCUUUUCACUAUCUCCCUCUUCGCUCUCUUUCUCCACCACAUCCACCCCAUACCCUCUUCAGUACGAUAUGAUCGUCAACCGCCCAGCAACUCAGUCCCAACCUCGCCGCCGACCAGCCCGAGUCGGAAAAUCUGACUCACCCAACUCGGACUCACCCGAAAAACCCGUUUCGGAAUUGGGUUUUGAGGACUGGGUGGAUAGAAAGCUGAUAUCAGAGAGUGAAACAAACCGACCCAGUUCGGAUAACUUGGAAAUGAACAAGUCUAUGAGGAAGUAUUACAAUAAGAGGAGGAAGAGAAUGUAUGGGUCGGAUUCGGAUGAGGACGAUAAGCGAAACGAGGAGGGCUUUGUGGAGCUGAAGCCUGAGGUGGUGGAGCUCAACACGUUGCACAAGAGAGAGGAGGAAUUGUAUUUCUACGAUACGUUUGCCUACCCGUGGGAGAAGGAGAAGCAUUACAAGAUGGUGUACCAAUUGGAGAAGAAGUACUUUCCUGAGCAGUGCCUUGACAAGGCAUUUCUUGAACCCGGCGAAGAGAAUGCGAGUAGUGUGAAGGGGAAGGUCAAGGUCAAGGUGAAGAAGAAAGAUGGGGAUUGCGAUGAGGGAGCGGAUGGUAAGAAGUUGGUGUUUUUUGAAGAGGGUAGAGAGGAAUUGGCGAAGAAGGAUGCGAGUAAGGAUGUUACGGAGAAGAAAGUGGAGGAGUUCUUUAAGUGUUUGAAGAAAGUUCCCAAUAAGGAUGGUGAAGUUGGGAAUGGGGAGCCGUACCUCGUGACAAGGAGUGCUGGGCUUCCGUCGGGAUGGGAUGGUCCGUGUGGGACGGUGGUGUUGGUGAACAAACCCAAAGGAUGGACUUCAUUUACAGUUUGUGGAAAGCUGCGUCGCCUAGUCAAAGUGAAAAAGGUAGGGCAUGCUGGAACCCUUGAUCCAAUGGCAACUGGUUUGUUAAUUGUAUGUGUUGGUAAAGCCACUAAGUUGGUAGAAAGAUAUCAAGGUAUGUUUAAGGGUUAUAGUGGAGUAUUCCGCUUAGGGGAGGCCACUUCAACCUGGGAUGCUGAUUCACCGGUCAUUCAGCGGGAACCUUGGGAGCACGUCAAAGAUGAGGACAUAAAAAAAACUGCUGCAUCCUUUUGUGGAGAAAUUUGGCAAGUUCCCCCAAUGUUCUCUGCCAUCAAAGUUGGGGGAGAAAGGAUGUAUGAAAAAGCGAGAAGAGGAGAAAGCAUGGAGCUUUCACCUAGAAGGAUUUCAAUCUUCCAGUUUGAUAUUGAGCGCAGCUUAGAUGACAGACAAAAUCUGAUUUUCCGCGUGACAUGCUCAAAAGGUACAUACAUACGCUCACUCUGUGCAGAUUUUGGGAAGGCUCUUGGCAGUUGUGCUCAUUUAACUGCUCUUCGGAGGGAUUCAAUUGGGGAAUAUUCAGCAGAUGAUGCAUGGGACUUCAAAGAGCUGGAAGAGGCAAUUACGAAAAGUUAUUUCUAAUUGAUUGCCAAUCUAACCUGUUGCUUCCUCACAAGAAGUUUUGGAGCGACAAUGGUGAACAGGUCACAGCAUAGGAUAGAACAUUUUUUCGGCACUUAAGAGAUUUUCUUUGUUUUCUCAUUUUGCUUCUUUGAAAAUGUGAUGCUAAGCGAAAUCUGUUGCAACAUUUACAAGAUAUUUAUAAUAUUCAUUGUUUGCCCAAUUUAUCGA